AUGUCGCGCCUCUUCUUCGCCUGCCUGCUGGCUGUCUUCCCAGUGGUCUCCAUGAAGAGUCCCAUAUUCGGUCCUCAGGAGGUGAGCAGUGUGGAAGGCAGCUCAGUGUCUAUCAAGUGCUACUACCCGGCCACCUCCGUCAACCGGCAUACCCGUAAGUACUGGUGCCGGCAGGGAGCCAGGGGCCGCUGCACUACCCUCAUCUCCUCAGAGGGCUACGUCUCCAAGGACUAUGAGGGCAGAGCCAACCUCACCAACUUCCCAGAGAGCGGCACAUUUGUGAUGAACAUCGGCCAUCUCACUCGGAAUGACUCGGGGCUCUACAAGUGUGGUCUGGGCAUUAGCAGCCGAGGCCUGUCCUUUGAUGUGAGCCUGGAAGUCAGUCAAGCUCCUGGGCAGAUAAAUGGCGUCCACGUCUACACAGCAGAACUGGGCAAAAAAGUGACCAUCAACUGCCCUUUCAAGGCUGUGAAUUCUGAGAAGAAGAAAUCUAUGUGCAAGAAGACAGGCCAGAGCUGCGUGCUAGUCACCGACUCUACUGGGUAUGUGAGCCCCAGCUACAGCAACAGAGUACAUCUCAAUAUUCAGGGUACCAACGAAUUAGCGUUCAGCGUUGAAAUCAACCACAUCCAGCUCAACGAUGCUGGGAUGUACGUCUGCCAGGCUGGGGAUGAUGCCAACGCCGACAAGAGCAAUGCUGACCUCCAAGUGCUGAAGCCCAAGCGUGAGCUGAUUUAUGGAGACCUGAGGGGCUCAGUGACCUUUGACUGUAUCGUGGGCCCCGAGAAGGCAAAUGUGGCCCAAUUUCUGUGCCAGGUAAAAAAUGCGGAAGCUUGCAGUGUGAUCUUCAACACGCUGGGGAAGAAGGCUCAGGACUUUGAGGGCAGGAUCCUGUUUACUAUCAAGGAUGACGGCUUCAGAGUGCUUGUCACCAGCCUGAGGAAAGAGGAUGCGGGGCUCUACCUGUGCGGAGCCAACCCUGAUGGUGAGCCUCAGGAAGGCUGGCCCACCCAGGCCUGGCAACUCUUCGUCAAUGAAGAGACCAUGAUUCCCCCAAGUCAGCCUGUGGUGAAAGGAGUGGUGGGAGGCUCCGUGGCCGUGUCCUGUGCCUACAACCCGAAGGACACAGACAGCCUGAAGUAUUGGUGUCGCUGGGAAGACACUCAGGGUGGCCAUUGCCCGCAGCUGGUACAGAGCAAGGGGCUGGUCAAGGAGCAGUACAAGGGCAGGCUCGCACUGUACGAGGAGCCAGGCAAUGGCACCUACACCGUCAUCCUCAACCAGCUCACCACCCAGGACGCCGGCUUCUACUGGUGUGUGACAAGCGGCGAUACUCGCUGGAUGUCCACGGUGGAGCUCAAGGUUGUGGAAGGAGAACCAAGCCUCAAGGUACCCAAGAAUGUCAAGGCUUCGCUGGGAGAGACCCUCAAGAUCUCCUGCCACUUCCCCUGCAAAUUCUACUCCUAUGAGAAGUACUGGUGUAAGUGGAGCAACAAAGGCUGCAGGACCCUGCCCAGCCAGGACGAAGGCCCCAGCCAGGCCUUUGUGAACUGCGACCAGAACAGCCAGGUCGUGUCCCUGAACCUGACCUCCGUCACCAGCGAGGACGAAGGCUGGUACUGGUGCGGAGUGAAGGAGGGCCACAAAUACGGAGAGACCGUGGCUGUCUAUGUGGCGGUGGAGAAGAGGGUGAAGGGGUCCCAGGAUACCAGUCGAGUGAAUGCUGCUCCUGGUGAGGAGGCGAUAGAGCCGAGGGCCAGGGAGACUGAGAACAAAGUCAUUCAGGGUCCCAGCCUUUUUGCAGAGGAAAGAGCAGUGAAGGAUGUUGGAGGUCCAGCUGGUGGGAGCGGAGCACCUGCAGAUCCCGGCAGCUCUGCAGGACAAGGUGGGAGCUCCAAAGCGCUGUUCACCCUGGUGCCCCUGGCCUUGGUGUUGGCUGCAGGGGCCGUAGCGAUUGCAGUGGUCAGAGCCCGACACAGGAAGAAUGUCGACCGGAUUUCAAUCAGAAGCUACAGGACGGACAUUAGCAUGUCAGACUUUGAGAACUCCAGGGAUUUUGGAGCCCAUGACAACAUGGGAGCCUCUCCAGACACUCAGGAGACAACUCUCGGAGGAAAAGACGAGUUCGCCAACACUACCGAGGAUGCCGUGGAGAAGGAAGAACCCAAGAAGGCGAAAAGGUCAUCCAAGGAGGAAGCCGACAUGGCCUUCACCACCUACCUGCUCCAGACCAACAACAUGGCCGCUGCCACCCAGAACGGCCCCAGAGAAGCCUAG